UGUUAUAUUAUACUUUACUGUAUUCAAGAUCGUCCUGGAGCAUUUACUUAGGAACCUGUACCAUAGGCAUUGGCCAAGCAUGUACUGAGGUGGCAGUUUUGGCGGACCGCAUAUUAGAUGCUAUAGCAUCAGGUCUUCCGGAUGAUAUGACUACGUAUGGGAAUCUGAUAGCAAUAUAUGAGACUCAUCUUGGGUUAGGAAGUUUUUUAGGUCCUUUAAUCGGAGGAAUUAUAUUAGACAACAGCGCAUUCAGUACAUUAUCAGGACUUCUUACGGGUCUCUCUUUGGGGAACGCAGGCGCGCUGUUGAUAUACUGUUCAACUGUCUACAGACCAUGUGGAAAAAAGAAGUCACAGGAAUACUACAAACUUGAUUCUAGUAGACAAUGGCUGCUACUGGAAGAUGCACCCAAGUAUAUGAUAGAGACGCAUCUUAUUCAGUCGAAGGAAUGUGAUAAAUGACUUUUUUCUUCAAGGGUUUGUUUGUUAUUAUAUUAGACCUUUUAUCCACUUUACACAUUUAGCCAAUUAUUUUCGGAAAAAUUAAGCAAACGACGUUCGUCAAUUUUAUACAAUGUUUUAAGGACAAGUGAAGGAAUGUGACACUUUUGCACAUAUGUAGUAAUCCUUUUUUUAAGUUUCAAUAUGAAAAUUAUACAUACAUGUGUGUUCUGCUCGCUGUGCCAUA